UCGUUCAAUUUUCCAAAAACUGACCAAUAAUUCGCCCGUGGCGGCAUUCGAAGCAAUUUUUUUCCGAGCCAUAAUCACGUAUCGUGAACGUUCGUCGAACGCAAACAGUGGCCCACCUGUCCUCCAUAGCAAAUUCCAGUGUUCAUUAUCGCGUUGCCAUAAACUCGUCGUCGCAUGACCGAGCGUAGUCCCAUUCGCCGUCAGUUCGUUCACCAGUGAUUCAAAACUACUGAUUUCAGUGCUUCUGCAAGUGUUUUCGAAUUAACAUGUUCCGUUUAUUUCUGUUGCAAACUGCGAUAAUAUGUUUCUUUAUCUGGAGAAGCGAAAGUGUGCUUCUCUUUCCUCCGAGGUCAUUGUUCCAGGUAACUUUACAACUCGAGCCUACAAUAAUACCGGCCAGGCAGUCGAGGGAUCUGAAUCUGCAGGACACUUACGCGGCUAUCGAAAAUUUAUUGAAUCGGCACGGCUGGCAGGACGGUAGGGAGUGUCUUUUGAGGACCAUUUGCGAGCUCGCGGAGACACCAUUUGGCAGGACACGUCAAGACGUUCUCGAGGAGGUGAUCCACUUAAUUUUAACGCCGAGCGAAGACGUGGCAGGGACUGCUAAUUCCAAUCACCAGAGCGUCGACCAAUUGUACAGGGAAGCGGAACGACAAGGAAGAUCCGGAGGCGACUGCAUUUUGGCCUAUCCCGAUUGCAUCGAGUCACCUCUCGAAACGUUCACGGAAAUCGCAUUUCCUUAG